AAUCUCUCAGCCUCGCCUUACUCAUAAAUUUGAAGGACAGAGAAUCGAAUCGUCAGUCGCAUUCCCCAUCCCACUGCAUUCUCGACACCACCACCACCACCCACUUGAUCGCAUUUCGCAUCUCACAAUGGCGAGCCAACAAGCCCCGCCUCAAGGGCAGAAUCCUUUUGGUCUCCAACCUGGCCAGCAACCAACUCCAGAACAAAUCGCUGCCAUGCAACGGCAAUUGGCUAUCGACGCAGAGAAACACGGCAUGACAGUCCCAGAAUUUGUACAAAAACUCAGAGAACAAGCCAUGGCCCAGCAACAGGCAGCUCAGCAACAGCAUCAGCAGCAGACUUCUGAAGCAGGGUCGGAACCGUCAUCGCCGCAACAGGAGCAGCAUCAGCAGCAGCAGCAGCAACCUAUCACUCCGGGUCCACCGAAUCCAGCUGCCAUUGCCCUUGCAAAGUUCCUCCAAAGUCAGGAUCUGAAAAUGAGAACAUGUAUUUUGAACGGGCAGCGCAAGGACAUGUUCAAGGGUUAGUUCAUCGGAUAUGUAACCCGAAAGUCAAAUCUAACAGAUCUCCAGUCAAACGAGCUCUCCGAGCAAUUCAAUCCCCAGAAUACGCCAAAGCACGAAGCAAGAAUCCCCUCCUUCCAGAAAUUACAGACAGGGCGUCGCUUGAGAACUGCUUCAAACUCCUUCCUCUGUCCCUUCUCGCUCUCCGGGUUUCCAAAAUUGAUCCACAUGAGGGACACGACCAUGCGCCAGGCGCGCACAAGAUUAAGCGUACAAAGGGUCUCUGGACCGUCAGGAUUGAGCAGCAACAAGAAUGCCGAGAAGACUUGCAUUUCGUAUGGCUCUAUGAGGGCUCCCAAAUCAAACAAAAGUUGUAUGCCGCUGGAGCUCUAGCCAUCAUAUUCGCUAUUGUUCUUUUCCCUCUAUGGCCUAUGAAAAUGCGUCUCGGAGUUUGGUACCUCAGUAUGGGAAUGUUGGGUCUAAUCGGGUUGUUCUUCGCUAUGUCCAUUGUUCGAUUGAUCCUCUUUGCCAUAACGAUGUUUGUUGUACCUCCAGGGUUAUGGCUGUAUCCCAACCUGUUCGAGGACGUUGGCUUCUUUGAUAGUUUCAGGCCUGUUUGGGGAUGGCAAGAAGUACGUAUUGCAAAUUUUGAUCCAUACCCAUCAACUAAUGCACCUUUUUUUAGGAGAAGAAGAAAAAGAAGAAGUCCAAAACCACUGGUUCCGCAAACGCUGGCUCAACAAUGGCUGCCAUGACUGGUCAACCACCACCAGCAUCAGCAACAACCUCGGGUGCCGCCCCUCAAAUGACUACUUCUUCAGUACAGCAAAGGCAUCAGGCUCCAAGAGUAGAAGAAAUAUUCGACGACGACGAAUAA